AUGUCGGCGCCGCUGGUCAAAGUCUUGCACCGUCUGCAGGAGCUCUUCCAGAACAUGGUGUCCGCCCUCGAGACCAUGAUUCUCUUCCCUUCUUUCUUCCGCGGCUUCUCGCACCGCCGACGCAAACCCUUCCUGGGCGCUCACUGGCGCCGCCGCUCUCUCGAUGACUUCGCGGACGAGGUCGAUACCCUCUUCUCGGCGCCGUUGUCGACCCCCAAGAUGAUCGAUAUGUCCAACAAGAUCCGCGCUCAGAUCCGCGAUUGUCUUCAGAACAGCCCCUGUUGCAUGCUGCCUUCCUACACCCACGCUCUGCCCUCUGGCUCCGAGAAGGGCACCUACCUCGCGCUCGAUGUGGGAGGUUCUACAUUCCGGGUCGCUCUGAUUGAGUUGUCCGGACGUGAUCAGGAAAUGCGCAUCGUGCGGGUGUCAUCGUCCUAUAUCGAUAACAAGGUCAAGUUGCUGGAGGGAACCCAAUUCUUUGACUGGAUGGCGGGUCAUAUUGAUACCAUGCUGAAGGAUGUGGGCGCCGAUUACGGACGCGGCAAGGAGCCGCUAUCAAUGGGUUUGUCUUGGUCGUUCCCCAUCGACCAGACCUCGGUCAGCAGCGGGCUGGUGAUUCACAUGGGUAAAGGAUUCCACUGCUCGAACGGCACCGUCGGACAGGAGCUGGGCCAGUUGCUCAUUGAUUCCUGCGAGAAGCGCAACCUGAACGUGGAAAUGGCUGCUAUUGUGAACGAUAGCUCCGCUACUCUGCUCUCCCGCGCAUACGUCGACCCCAAGACUCGCAUGUCUUUGAUUUUGGGAACCGGAACCAACAUGGCAAUUCACUUCCCCGUGCACGAGAUCGGUCAGAGCAAGUUCGGUGUCCGCCCUGAGGACUGGUUCGAAUAUGCCAAGAACGUCGUCAUCAACACCGAGAUGAGUAUGUUUGGAGGUGGCGUGCUGCCCAUGACCCGCUGGGACGACAUUCUGAACCGCACCCAUCUGCGCCCCGACUACCAGCCGCUGGAAUACAUGAUCACCGGUCGAUACCUGGGCGAGAUCGUGCGAUUGAUCAUCGUGGAGGCCGUCGAGACCGCCGGUCUAUUCAAUGGCGAGCUGCCGCACUCCAUGCGUGAGCCCUACUCCUUCGACACCAGCAUCGUUGCCUUCCUCGAGGAAGACUCGUCCAUCUCCCUCGCCUCUUCGGCCGCCCUUCUCCAAAAAGAGCACACCUUCCCCAGCUCCCCCUCCGUCGAAGACCUGCGUUUCCUCCGCCGCAUCUGCCAAGUGACGUCCCGCCGCGCCGCAGCCUACUUGGCAACCGGCAUCCACAGCAUGUGGUGCCUCCGCAACGAAGUCGAGUUCCCGUCAUCCACCACCGACCUCUUAUCCAAGGAAUCACCCGAAGUCACCGUCAUCGAAAGCGACUCAUCUGCCAAGAAUGUCUCUAUCGCCUGCGACGGCACCGUCAUCAACAAGUACCCCGGCUUCCGCGAUACCUGCCAGCGCUACCUCGACCAGCUAUCCGCGCAAAGCCACCCCUCGUCAGUCUCCGCCAUCCGCCUCGUUCCCGCGCACGAGUCCGCCAUCCUCGGCGUCGCCGUCGCCGUUGCAGUGGCAGUAGCCGAGAAAGAGACGCGGUAG